CCCGCCCGGUUCCGGGGCGGUGGCGGCGGGGCAGGUGGAGUAGAGCCGGCAACGGAGCCCCGUGCCCGCCGCCCAGCCCAUGGAGCCCCGCGCCUCGCCGCCCUGCGCGGCCCGGCCGGGGGCCGCCCCCCGCUCCGCCGCCGCCUGAGCCCGCGGACGCGCCGGCCUCGCCUUUGUACCCGCCGCAGGCCUCAGCCCGGCCCAGCCCAAGCAGACGGUCAAAGGAGCACAGUCUGGAAGGAUGGGGAGGAUGGGCCCCACUCUCUGAGGGCCCGGAUGCAAUGCCUCUGACCAGAUGUUUGCAGAGGAUUUCAGCCUGGAAAUCACAGCCUUUCUCAGGAGAUCUCCAGUGCUUCCUGGUUUGCAGUGAGAAUCAGAGGAUUUCAGCACUUCCUACUCAGCUGCCUGAUGUGAGCAGGAAGUGGGAGCAUGAAAAUGGCAGCAAAAGUGCUUGCAGUGAGGCUGGAAGCUCAGCAGGCAUAAGUGCAUGGGACGAUAAUGAAGUUAGAUCUGUCCUGAACAUGCUUCUAAACCUUUUGGACGUGUCAUUUGGCAACAGACAAGUCACAAUGUUAGAGCUGCUCUGUGCAAGUGUGUAUCUCAUCCUGGAACAGCAUAGCAGGAGGAUGGAGCUGCUGUGAACCCCUGCACCUCCCCACGGGUGCCCCAGACCGCUCCCAUGGACCUGCGGAUUGGGCAGCGUGUGGUCAAGCCUGGCUCUGACACCACCUUGCUGGCCCUGAAGCACACGCAGCAGCUGCAGCACCAGCUCUUCCUCGCCAGUCUGCACCAGCAGCAAGUGGAGCAGCUCACCCACCAGCACGUGAGGGUGACCAUGGAGUCCCCGCACCGUGAAGCUGAGCCUGGGCAACAGGAGCAGGAACUACGGCAGAUCCUCAACAAGGACAAGAGCAAGCGAAGUGCUGUGGCCAGCACAGUGGUCAAGCAGAAGCUGGCUGAGGUCAUUCUGAAGAAACAGCAAGCAGCUUUGGAGAGGACCAGCAACCCCACCCCUUCAGCCAUGCCGUACAGGUCUUUGGAGCCUCUGGAUCCUGAAGGCCCUUCCCCUCCUGUGCUCAGCACCUUCCUGUCCCCUGUCCCUAGCACUUCUCUUGACCCCCCAGAGCAUUUUCCUCUGCGGAAGACAGCAUCUGAGCCCAACCUGAAGGUGCGUUGCAAGCCCAGGAAGUGCCUUGACCGACGCAAGAACCCCCUGAUGCGGAAGGAGAGUGCUCCCCCCUCACUGAAGAGGCGGCCACCUGAAGCGAUUGACUCCUCCCCAAGCAGUAGCAGCACCCCAGUGUCUGGCUGCAGCUCUCCCAAUGACAGUCUCCCCGCUGAGCAUGGAGCCCUCCCUGCUGCCUCCAGCAUGGCCCACGAGACACCCCUGGCCCAGCGCCUGAUGAUGCAGGAGAGCUCACUGGCCCAGUUUGCCCUGCAGAGUGCAACCUCCCUUCCGGCUAUCACGCUGGGAUUGCCGGCUACCACUAGCACCAGGGGAGAGUCAGAUCUCCGCCCCCUCUCCAGCUUGGCACACCGGGUGCCUGUGCUGAACGGACCUGUCCUCACGGGCACACACUCACCCAUGUUAAUACCAGCUGGCUUGGAGCAGCAUGAAGCUGCGAGCCCCUUAUCCCCUCGGCUCCAGCCCGUCAUCAUCCUUGAGCCCUCGGUCACCCACACUCCACUGGUGGCAGUGCCAGGUCUGGGAACAGUCCCCUUCUCCUUCACCCCCUCGCUCAUCUCUGCAGAGCGUCUGUCGCUCCCAGGCCACCAUAAACCGCUGGGCAGGACCCGCUCAGAGCCCCUGCCCCAGAACCCCAAGGCCAUCCAGCAGCAACUGGUGUACCAGCAGCAUCACACCCAGUUCCUGGAGAGACUCAAGCAGCAGACACAUCUGGGCAAGCGCAUGGCUAAAUCCAGUGAGAAGCCCCGUCUACGGCAGAUACCCUCUUCUGAGGACAUGGAGGCGGAGGGGACACUCCCAGAGGCUGGGGCUGAGAGUAGUGACCCGGCAAGGGCACAUGUGGAGCCCACACGACCAGGGAGCAUCAUAAAGGAGCCCGAGAGGAUGCCAAAGAUGAUGCAACCUCAAGAGGAGCUUGUCCUACAGCAGGCCUAUCUCUGGGAUUCCUACCAGCGCGUGCAGCAGCAGCUCCUCAAGCGGCAGCCCUUGGCCGAGUCUCCCGUUGUCCCCACGAUCCAUGCAGCGCACAGGCCCCUCUCCAGGGCCCAGUCAUCUCCUGCCACCGCAACUGUCUCCCUUCCUGCCCAGGACACAGCCUCCAAGACACUCUCCCUGCCUGUGCAGGAGCAGCCAGCCAAGCCACAUUUCAUAACAGGGCUGGUUUAUGACUCUGUGAUGCUCAAACACCAGUGCUCCUGUGGUGACAACAGCAACCACCCAGAGCAUGCAGGCAGGAUCCAGAGCAUCUGGUCCCGUCUGCAGGAGAGAGGCCUGCGCAGCCAGUGUGAGUGUCUGCGGGGACGCAAAGCCACCCUGGAAGAGCUGCAGUGUGUCCAUACCGAGCGCCAUGUCUUCCUCUACGGCACUAACCCCCUCAACCGCCUGAAACUGGACAACGGGAAGCUGGCAGGGAUCCUGUCGCAGCGGAUGUUUGUCAUGCUGCCCUGCGGAGGGGUGGGGGUGGACAGUGAUACCAUCUGGAACGAGCUGCAUUCCUCCAACGCUGCCCGUUGGGCUGCAGGCAGUGUCACUGAGCUGGCCUUCAGGGUGGCCACCAGGGAGCUGAAGAAUGGCUUUGCUGUGGUGCGGCCACCUGGACAUCAUGCGGAUCCUUCCACUGCCAUGGGAUUCUGUUUCUUUAACUCGGUGGCCAUUGCUGCAAGGCAGCUGCAGCAGAAAGGGAAACUCAGCAAGAUCCUCAUUGUGGACUGGGAUGUUCACCACGGCAAUGGGACUCAGCAAAUCUUCUACAGGGACCCUGAUGUUCUCUACAUCUCUUUGCAUCGUCAUGAUGAUGGCAACUUCUUCCCCGGUAGCGGGGCUGCUGAUGAGGUUGGUGCUGGCCCCGGUGAGGGAUUUAAUGUCAACGUAGCCUGGACUGGAGGGCUUGACCCGCCGAUGGGUGACCCUGAGUAUCUGGCUGCUUUCAGGACAGUAGUGAUGCCAAUCGCACACGAAUUCUCCCCUGAUGUGGUGCUGGUGUCAGCUGGCUUCGAUGCAGCGGAUGGCCAUCCACCACCCCUGGGCGGCUAUAAAGUCUCUGCUAAAUGCUUCGGCUACAUGACAAAGCAGCUGAUGAGCCUGGCUGGUGGAGCCAUUGUCCUUGCACUAGAAGGUGGCCAUGACCUUACGGCCAUCUGUGAUGCAUCCGAGGCCUGUGUGUCAGCCUUGCUGGGCAACGAGCUGGACCCUCUCCCAGAAGAAAGCAUGAGGCAGAAACCAAACCCCAACGCAGUGCGCUCCUUGGAAACAGUGAUCCAGGUCCAGAGUAAAUACUGGGUGGCUGUGCAGCGCUUUGCCUCCAAGCUGGGCUGCUCCUUCCUGGAGGCGCAGCACCACGAGGCAGAAGAGGUGGAGACAGUCACAGCCUUGGCCUCCCUCUCGGUGGCUGUGAUGGUGGAGAAGAGGCCGCAAGACGAGCUGAUGGAGGAAGAGGAGCCCAUGAACCAGUGAUGAGCAGUGAUAUUCUCUGCUCCUCUACUUCCAGGAUGUGGCUGGACUCUCCUGAGCCCAGUGGUCGCUCUUCACUCCUGGCUUCCCAUUUGCCACGUGAUCCUCACUCCUCAAGUCAUGGUCCUGAAACAGCCUGGACCUUUGGCUGCCACCUCUGCAGGUGUCCCAGAAAGGAUGCUCCUGCAGCUACCUGGAGGAUGUCCUCCUCCUCGGGACUGAUGGAAAAAAGACUAACUCCCUCUGCAUGGCAUGGCCUUGCAAACCUAGACCGUGCCUGCAGUCAGUUCCCAACAUUCAGGACGUGAAACCCCUCCAGGGGUGUGCAUGAGAGGCCUCCAGCCCUCUGGCUGCAGUGGCAGCCAGAUACAGACCUGCCCUUCUCCUGGGAUCUUCCUCACCCUUGGGGAGGGGGGUGGGUGUUGGGACGGAUGUUGUGGCUGUGCUUCGGGUGGUUAGAACCACCCCCGGGACUGCACCCAGAGCUCCUUUCUGGCCAGGCAGCAAUGCCUUUGAGAAAGCAGCCCUGUGUUUUGCUCGGGAGGGACAGGCUCCCUGUGUCUUCCCACAAAGGCUUCCUGGCUCCCCUUCCUCUGGUGGGGCAUGAGGCAGGAGCAAGUGUGACAGUGACGUGGGGUAUGAGCAAGUUCUGCACGAGAAGGGUUUGGACAGCUGUAGAUGAUGCGCCGAUGCCCUGCAGCUGGGGAAGAGCAAGGGCUGGAGUGUCUGCAGUGCCCAGGGUUGCACCUGUGGGUCAUCCUAACCACUAACUAGACCGUGAACCCUCUGGUGCUGGGGCUCUGAUUUGCACUAUAUACAAUUGAUGUGUGCUAAUGUGAACCGUAUGUAUUCUUAUUUCCAUGGGAAUUUUGAGAACAAACAGCUCUUCAUGUGGACAUUACCAAGGUGCCUUGAGCCCUUUCAGCAACGCGCUGACCUGAGGAUCUGUAUCAAUGUAGACCCCUGUAAUCCCUGAAGCAGGGGCAGCCCAAGCUGUCUUCCAGUCACCACCCUGCGCCCACCCUGCAGUUACACCCCCAGCACCCCAAUGGGCUCCUCCAGCUGAGAUCCUGUGGGGCUGGGGUGACAGGGGCAGGGGCAGGCCCCCCAAAAUGAAGUGUCCACCUAGAUUUGCCUUCUUCCCAUCUCAUACUGCAACAGGGCAUCAUGUGCCUCCUCACUCUGAGAGGUAGGUAGGUCCCCUCUCAGGCAUCGUGGUGCUGGGCUGCAGCAGAGUCUGGGGACAGCUGGGCUGAGGUGGUGGGGGUGGAUGGGACAUUGAUACCUGUCUGAGCUCAGGAGGCAGCUAGAUCCAUCUGCAGACACAGGGAGGAGAUUUUGUAAAGAAAAAAACCCAAACAAACCAAAAAAUAACAAAAAGAAAGGGGGCCGGGGGGAAUAUAUUGGAAGAAUAAAACAUUUCUGUGUCUCAAACUGCCCAGAGCUGGGGUCCAGCAGCACUGGCCAGUGACACAGAGACUGAGGAAGGUGUGAAUUCCAUCACGGCUGGGUGACAAGCAGAGAUGCCACUGCCCAUGCACCCCGACAGCUGCCUCCUUGCUGCUGGCGCUCUGGUACCUGCGCUCGCCCUGCAAGGUGGUCCUGUGAUGGGCAACUUCUGGCUGGACGGGAGGGAGGGCAUCACAUUGCAGUAGGACAGCUUGGGCAGGAAGGGGUUAAAAAGCGCCUGCCCCCCCUCCCCUCCAACCCUCUGUCUUCUCCAGAGCCUAGUGUUUGUAGAUACUGGCCCUCCAUUCUGUGGAUUCUCCUGCCAAGGUUGGGUGGUGGGAAGGACCUGCUGCUUCUCCAGCCUCUGGGCACUUGAGCAUUACUGGUGUCCCGCCCAGUGCCAGCCACUGUGGCCUCUUCCCUCUGCUCCUUCCCAUCAGCCGAACUGGGCACCCUGCUGCGGCUCCUCCAGUGCCACCAUCUCUCCACCGGUCAGCCUCAGUGCCACUUCCCUGCUCAGUCCCAAUGUCACCCUCAUUUCUCACAGUGGAUCCCAGCUGGACUCAUGCUGGACCCCAGGAGCAGUCCUGAUGUGGCAUGGCCCACAGCUGCUCCUCACCGCCAAGAAAGCCCAAAGGUCAACAUUGAAUGAGGAUUUAUGCUCCAGUUUCCUCCAGGAGAAAACCGUGGGUGGAACUGGGUGAGCUCAGCUGUGGAAGCUGUUGCAGAGGGACAUGCCCCAAGCAAACAGCCUCUUUCCUCACUUCUUCUUUAGUACUUAACAUUUUCAGAUUUCCCCUGGGUCUAUCAGGGCAAGAACCCAAAGGAAGAAAAGCGGUGAUUAAAUAAGCUCAUGAAUUCAAGGGCUGACCCUUCCCAGCCUCCAGCCUGACAGAUCUGUCUAGGAGCACCCAGCAGGACCUUCAUGAGUGUUACCUGGCCAGGGCUGGGUUGGAUGGCCAAGAAGUCAUUCAUUUUUUGCACCCGGCAUGGUAGGUCACCCCAAACCAGAUCCAAAACUGAGUAGCCCCUCUGCCUUCGCUCCCCUGUUGUGUCACCACAGCAGCAGCUGAUGUGUCAAACAGCUCACGGAAAGUGCCGGCCCCGUCUGCCAACUGGGGACUUGUGGUUUCAACCCCAAAGAUGGGGCCAAACAACAUGGCAGUAAGGGCGUGUUUGUGCGAGCACAUUUUUUUCUAGCAGAGUCAUGUGCUUCCUUGCAAGGGUCCACUCUCCCCAUGGGGUAGCACCUCCUUAUCCCCAGGUCCCCCCCUAGAUGCCCCUUUCAGUGGUGUCCACUGAGCAUGGAGGCUGGAGGAGGUGGUGGGGUUCCAUGGGUAGAGUUCCAUGGUGAUGCUGAAGACCAGGUAUGGGUGGGUGCAUCACUGCCUGGGUGCUCCCACUACUUCUUGGUUAGGGUGGAUGAACUCACUGAGUUCCCAUCUGCCUGAUUUUAACAGCUGAACAUCAGGCAGAGGAGUCCUACCAUGAAGCUGAUGGUGGACAUCUCCAGUUCCAGGGAGGAGCCGUCCCUGUUGCCGUGCCCGUGCAUCCCAGACGAGCCUGCCCCACCCCAUUGUAAAUGGAGAAUGGGACCUCCAAACCAGGCACCAGCUCCCACAGAAGACACUCGUACUGUCCAGCCAGUGGGAAGGUUUGUUGGUGUGGCAAAAAAUGCCGGAUGAUGUCCUGGCCACCCAUGCCAAGGAUGCUGUGGGAUGUCCAACAUUGUGCUGGAGGAACUGUCCCUCAGGGAUGAGGUUUAUUUGGGCUUUUCUCCCAAGACACAUGAAGAUGCUAAGGGCCAGAACAUCUCCGGAUCUAUCCCUCCUUGUCCCAAACACCUUUUCCCCCAGCAACUUUCUGUGUCUUUGAUAACAACAACUAUGGUUGUGGCUGUGAACAUUGAAAAAAAACCCAAGACCUUGGUUCAAAUUGUUGUUCCUUCCUUAGGGCUGAUGUUUCCCUCAUUUUAAAAUAAGUCAAUACACACAUUUAUUUAAAAAGAAAAAAGACUCAACAAAAUGUUACUUAAAAAAUAAAUUUUAAAAAGAUAUUUACCCUUUUUUUUUUUUUUAAAUUAGGCUUGGAAGCCUGACUCUCCACUUUGCAGAGGUAUUACCCCUUUAUUUUUAAAGGACAUUUUAAUUUUUGAAAGAAAAUUUAUCUUUCUAAAGGUGGUUUCAUUUUUCACGUGUAAAAUACUUUGUCUGAUGCAGUUAACAAAGCCAUCCACAACCCUAUUUUUAAUGGAAUUUAUAUUUUUUUAAGCACAUUUAGAUUUUUUUAAAGGCUGUGGUCAGCUCCCCAGCACAGGGAAUCCACUCACAUUGUACAUAAAAAAUUGAGAAAUAUAUAGAAAAAGAUAGUCUGAACCUUGCUGUUGCUUCUCCUUGGAUUCUCUGGUGUGUAAUAAAGCAUGAUCACUAAUUGAAA